GGAAAGCAGGAAGUGAACAAAUGUAACUGAUUGUAAAAGUACCAGAUGGAGGGGUAGGAUUUAAUAAGCUUUGCUUCUUCCUACUCCUUUUGGACAUGUGGAACUAGGAACUGAUUAUGGGAUGCAUUCAAUUGUAAUCUGAUGCAUGUUGAAAUGAAAUAAAACCAUUACCAUUACCAUGCUGGGACUUACCCUUGUGAUAAAAAAAACACUUAUUCCUGCUCGUAGCGUGAAUUACCCACAGGCAGGAAGCUACAUGGAAAAAACGGCGCACACACUCUGUUUUCAUUUUAUGUAAUUGUGUGUUAUGUAAUUACGGAAUUCCCAUCGCAUGUUCGACAACACCUGCCACAGACUCCGCCGCCUGGCGACAAAUCCCCGAGUCAGUAAACAAGUCAGUUGUCCGGAAAGUCUUCUUCCCUCUGGCAGACUUUUUGUCAUCUUAAAGACUUUUUGUUGCAUGUUUUUUUUAGCAUUGUAGUUACUCGGCAACCUUUUGGCAUUGGACCCGCAGACAAAUUGCUCAUCUUGGUGCGUGCGUGAAGGGAGUCCCCACUGUAAGAUACUUGGCGGCCUGAGCGGAGACGAGGCAUAUUGAGGCAAGCAUCAGGCAGAGGUGGUUGCAGUUCCUGAUUCCCAGCCAGCAAGAAAAAAAUAUGCUCAUCGGCACUUCAACCAGGACUGUUUUAUGAACAUGGACCAAUACGAAUCUGAACUGUUGCUGAAGUCCGACGCCUUUCCGACGUUACUUUGCUGUGUUGACGAGUCAGAAGAGCAACCUAAUGAAAUAUGUCCCUCGGCUACGUCUCCGCCAGUGUGUGUGCGUGUCCUGUGUGAGAAUAGUAGAGCGUCGGAGCGUGUGCGUGCUUGCCCAGCCCAGCCUAAGGACAGUCAGACCAGCCUUCUCACAUAUACAGCAUGCACACCGACGCAGCGCUCCAUGUAAAUACACGCACAGACCCAAUGCCCCCCUCCUGUUUCCCCCUGCAGCUUUGCAACUCUCAGCCAGCUGACCCAGGCCGGGGGGGGGGGCGCCAUCCCUGCCCUGCCCGAGGGAAGGCUUCUCCUGCUGGGGCCCACAAUCCCACUCCACACGCCGCGGUCUGGACUUUAUCCACUCCAUCUGUGACCACGUUUGCCACAGUCACUCAGUCUGGGGACGCGGCCGAGCGGAGACCACAAGAUGGGACCGGCUGAUAAGAGCCUGGAGGGCGUGUCUACACUUGCUGCUUCCUCUGGGCGGGACACUCCUGUCAGCUUCCUCGUCAUUGGUCAGCCUCUCAGAAGAGGCGGAGUCAAGCUUGAACAAAACACAGCGAAGUGGCGUUCAGGCGAAUCAGUGGAGUUUCGACUACAACCGGAGAAAGACUUAGACCCGUUUGAAACCAGUUGAGUUCUAGAUUAACAGGACCUUUAGUGUGAUUUAAAAGUACUUUGUGAGAAUACCAGAAAUGGAUUUAGCGUGCGUGCUGUGUUUGGUGCUGAGCAUCUGGUUCGCGUCCGCGGAGAGACACAGCGUGUUUUGGAACAGCUCCAAUCCCAACUUCCUGUGGGACGACUACACGGUGGAAGUCAGCAUCAACGACUACCUGGACAUCGUCUGCCCGCACUACGCCCACGGCGAGGUCCCGCCCCACAGCGCCGAGCGCUACGUGCUCUACAUGGUGGAGCGAGAGGACUACGAGGUGUGCAAGCCGCACUCCUUCGACCAGCUCCGGUGGGAAUGCUCGCGGCCUUUCGCUCCUCACGCUCCGGAGAAGUUCUCCGAGAAGUUCCAGCGCUUCACCCCCUUCACCCUGGGCAAGGAGUUCAGGCAGGGAGAGAGCUAUUAUUACAUCUCCAAGCCCAUGCAUCACCACGGCCAGGACUGUCUGCGUCUCAGAGUGGACGUCACCGGCCAGAAAGUCCCGGCUAAAUCCAACGUGGACAAACCCAAGACCGCGGUGGAGAAAGGCGUGGACGCGUCCAAAGCCAAGUUUGUGUCCGCGGGGGGGGUGCACAACCUCUCCAAUCGUCUCCCAGCAGACGACCCCACGGCCAUGGAACCCAAUGUUCAGAGGAGUAUCGGAAAUACCGGAACGCGGACGAUGUCCUUAUCGUUAUUUUUUAUCACGCUGCUUCCGGUUUUGUUAGCGGUGAUGCUUCACUGAUUGCGAUGACAAAGACGUUGCUAACGAACUUUUAAAAAAAGAACAACAGUGCUGGUCGCUGGAGUCACAGAGACAGACUUUUUAUACAACCACCAACUGUGAGUGUGUGUGUGUGUGUGUGUGUGUGUGUGUGAUUGUGUUGUUGUGGUGUGAAUGUGGGGUGCGGAGCGCUCCAAAGAAGAGGACCUCAAUUUUUUUUUUUUUUUUUUUUUUUUUACAUAUCUGACAAAAAUAAGUAUGAAGAGCAUCAUUUUCAAUGCACUCACAUUUGGACAUUUACUGUUCUCAUACCACUCCAUAGGUACAACUCCUCCUCCGUGUGUACAGCGAGGAUGAAUGGCGUUGACACGGGAAAAAUACUCCGCUACUUUUAACGGUAGCAUUCAAUAUGGAGGACUUUUUUUUUUUUUUUUCCCAUCGUUAUUGUUUAUGUAGCACUCACCCCUUCUUGUAUCUCUGCACACGUCUGACAGCUUCUAUGGAGGACCAAAACUGCCAAAAUAAUAAAUAAAUAAAUAAAUAAAUAAAAGUGGAAAUAAAAACAAAAAUGAAAAAAAAAAAUCAAAAAAUUAAAUACGAAAAAAAAUAAUAUAAAUGGAAAUAAAAACAAAAAUAAAAAAUAUAUAAAUAAAUAAAUAAAAGCAAAAAUAAAUACAACAAUAAAAAACAAGAUUCAAAAAUUAAAAAUAAAUACAAAAAUAAAUAUAUAAAUAGAAUUACAUAUCAAUAAAUAAAUAAAAGCACUCUGCUCUCAUAUGUAUUUAUUUCAUGCAGCAGACAAUGUCAGCUUGAAAUGCAGAAGGAAAAACUAUUCAAAUGAGGGGGCGGUCCUAAGUGUGUCUUGGGUUGAACUGUUUGCCUAUUGGUUGAUCGACAUGUGAGUGCGAAAAUCGACUAGGUAUGCCUGCCAAACGGCCACAGCAAGAGGAAGUACACAGGGAGAAAAGUAUACAUUUACCGGGACGAAUGAAAUAAAUACAUAUGAGAGCAGAGUGCUUUUAUUUAUUUAUUGAUAUGUAAUUCUAUUUAUAUAUUUAUUUUUGUAUUUAUUUCUACAUUUAUUUUUGUAUUUUUUUUUAUUUUUGAAUCUUGUUUUUUUAUUUUUGUAUUUAUUUUUGCUUUUAUAUUUUAUUUAUGUUUAUUAUUAUUAUUAUGUUUAUGUUUUUAUUUCCAUUUAUAUUAUUUUUUUUGUAUUUAAUUUUUUGAUAUUUUUGUUAUUAUUAUUAUUUUAUUUAUUUAUUUAUUAUUUUGGCAGUUUUGGUCCUCCAUAAGCUUCACGCCGACUUCACCAACACACAACCCACUUGUUAUUUUUUUAAUUUGUUCGGUUUUCUGGUACACGUCUGCAGACCCCCAACUUGUCGGACCUCGCCUACUUGAAGGGGCUUUUUUUUUUAAAUCCAUACACUGUACAGUGUUUUUUUUUUUUGUUUGUUUUUUUUACUUGUUCAUAUGUACAUGUUGUACAGAGGUAAAUAUAUGAGAAAUUGUUUUACGAUGUGAAAAACUUAGUGGAAUAAAAGAAAAGUGUUGUUAUAUA